AUGACCACCGUGCUUGUCGUUGAGGACGAAGAGAACCUGCUCGAAGCGCUCAGAUAUAGUUUGGAGCGCGAGGGCUACGCUGUGGAAACGGCAAUUGACGGUGAACAGGCUCUUAAUGCGGCGCGCUCCGUACGUCCCGAGCUUGUGAUUCUCGAUGUGAUGCUGCCGCAGCUUGACGGCUUCGAGGUGUGCCGCAUCCUUCGCCGUGAGAGCGAUGUGCCCAUCAUGAUGCUCACUGCACGCGGCGAGGAGAUAGACCGCGUGGUUGGUCUGGAACUGGGCGCGGACGACUAUGUUACCAAGCCGUUCAGCAUACGCGAGCUGAUGGCGCGCGUGCGCAACAUGCUGCGCCGCAGCGCGCGCUCCGCAUCCUCUGAUGGCGACUCCGGUGAUGUCGAUAUCCUGCGCACAGGCGACCUCGAAAUCGACAGCACAAGCCACAUCGUGCGGCGAGGCGGCGUGCGGUUGGAACUCAAGCCGCGAGAGUUUGACCUGCUUACGUUGCUCGCCAAGAAUCGCGCGCGCGCCUUCACCCGCGAUCAGAUUCUCGAACGCCUCUGGGGGCACGACUACUAUGGCGACAGCCGCACCGUGGAUGUGCAUAUCCGCUGGCUGCGCGAGAAGAUCGAGCCUGAACCGAGCAAGCCCGUCAGAAUCGUCACGAUUCGCGGCGUAGGAUACCGCUUCGACGGAUGA